AUGGCCACCCAGCUCUGCUCUCCGAUCUUCUCCUCUGGAUCCAUCAAAGGCCUCUGUGGCACCACAGGUGGUGUCUCUCAGGUGUCCUGUGUCCGCCCUGUGGGACCCUGCAGAGUCUCUUGCCUUCCUGGUGUUGGGGGGUCAGCUUCCUCCGUCAGGCUGGGCCUCUCCGGCCUUGGGAGUUGCUUGCCUCGUUCCUGCCCGUCCUCUGGGUUCCCCUGCUCCGACUUUACUGGGAGCGGGGGUUGGUUCUGUGAGGGCUCCCUCAAUGGCAACGAGAAGGAGACCAUGCAUCUCCUGAACGGCCGGCUGGCCAGCUACCUGGAGAAGGUGCGCCAGCUGGAGCAGGACAACGCAGAGCUGGAGUGCCGCAUCCGGGAGUGGUACAAGUCUCAGACGCCGUACAUCAGACCAGACUACCAGUGCUUCUUCAAGACCAUUGAGGAGCUCCAGCAGAAGAUCCUGCUGAGCAAGGCUGACAAUGCCAGGAUGUUCCUGCAAAUUGACAAUGCCAAGCUGGCUGCUGACGACUUCCAAACCAAGUACGAGACGGAGCUGGGCAUGCGGCAGCUGGUGGAGGCUGACACCAAGGGACUGUGCUGUACGCUGGACGAACUGGCUCUGUGCAAGGCCGACCUGGAGAUGCAGGUGGAGUCCCUGAAGGAGGAGCUGAUGUGUCUCAAGAAGAACCAUGAGGAGGAAAUCAACAAACUUCGAUGCCAACUUGGGGACAGGCUGAAUGUGGAGGUGGAUGCUGCCCCGCCAGUGGAUCUCAACAAGAUCCUGGAUGAGAUAAGAUGCCAGUAUGAGACCCUGGUGGAAAAUAACCGCAGAGACUUGGCGGCCUGGUUCAACACCCAGACUGACAAGCUGAACCAGCAAGUGGUGUCCGGCUCGGAGCAGCUGCAGUGCUGCCAGAAAGAGAUCAUUGAGCUGGGACGCACCGUCAAUGCCCUGGAAAUCGAGCUGCAGGCCCAGCACAACAUGCGGAAUUCCCUGGAAUCCACCCGGGUGGAGACCGAGGGCUGCUACAGCUCCCAGCUGGCUCAGAUGCAGUGCCUGAUCGGCAACGUGGAGGCUCAGUUGUCUGAGAUCCGCUGUGACCUGGGGCGGCAGAGUCAGGAGUACAAGGUCCUCCUGGACGUCAAGGCCCGCCUGGAGUCGGAGAUCGCCACCUACCGCUGCCUGCUGGAGGGAGAAAGAGUGCAGCUGCCUGCCCGCCCUUGUGCCACGGAAUGCAAGCCUGCCGUUACAGUUCCUUACAUCCCAAGUGUGCCCUGCGCCCCGGCUCCCCAGAGCAGCACGCAGAUCUGCACCAUCACGGAGGAGAUCAGAGAUGGGAAAGUCAUUUCCAGCAGGAAGCACGUGCAGCCGCUGUAA